UAGCUGUUAAAACCAACACUUAUAUAACUACAAGCUUGGAUAGUAGUUUCUUGGGUUAGAAGUUUUCACUACAGGGAUGAAACUUUUGCACUACAAUGACGAAAACGUCAUCAAUCGUCAUCAGAUAUCGUUGAUUUUCUGAGAGAGCACUUCCGGCAGAAGAAAACGCAUUACACAAAAUAAUCGAAGUGUCUUCACUUGUUAUUUAUUACACUAUGGUUGCAGUUUGAGCUCAGGAACACGAUGGUGCUAUUUAUGGUGCUAUUAUGGUGCUGUUGUGAUACGGGCCCGUACCCCCCUCCGUUUGUGAUACGGGCCCGUCCACGUGUUCGUCCCGUUUUCGGUCGCGGUCGCCGGUCACUUGUCCGCCGCCCCGGGUCAGGCCGCGGGCGGUCGGCAGCGUGGUUGAUGUCGGGUGUUUUCGUCUGUUCCGCCGGCCAGUCGGUUUUGGGCGGCGGAACUGGGUGUGUCUCUUGAAGUGGUCAAGUCCCGUUACAAUAUAGAGUCAAGCAAGAGAACUGGAGUGUCACGGCGGAGAUCGGCAGAGCAGCGGGUGCUGAGGAUACAACAAAUUGGCGACGAGGGACGUGGUAUACCCCAUUUUGUUUUUAUUGUUGUAUGCCUUUGCAUGGUCUGACUCAAGUGAUUGUCGAUAAAUCAAGUUUGCUAUAGCAAGUGCAGUGUAUUGAUGUUUACUGUUGCCUGCCAUUCAAGUAAAGUCCGUUGAAGCCAGGAGUAAUUUUAUCGACAUGUCUUCUCUGCCUGUGCCGCCACCAUAUCAGCCCGGAGAAAAUUUUGAUCGUUGGUUGCGCGGUGUGGAGUAUUAUAUGAUUGCAUCUGGCAUUACUUCUAAUCAAAGAAAAAGUGCCACUGUUCUCACCCUUCUCGGACUUGAAAUUCAAGACGUUGUUCGCACAUUGCCGCAGCCUCCGGAACUGGAUGACGCCGCCACAGAGUACCAAGUCCUCACCGCCAAGCUUCAGGCGUACUACCAGCCACGAGUCAACGCGACGUAUGAAAGGUCUGUUCUUCAUGACAUCUACAGAAAAGACGGUGAGUCAUUCGAGGCAUUUGUCACCCGUCUCCGUCUUCAGGCAGACAGAUGCCAGUUUGACUAUGUUCUGUUGGAGCAAACUGUUCUUCAGUGUGCUGUAGCUCACGCCAGGUCCACUGAGCUGCAGAGGAAAUUUUUUGAUAAACCUGACUUGACUCUGGCACAAGCCCUCGAAAUAGCUCGUCACUUUGAAACCACUCGCUCUCAGCUAGAGGAUUUGAACCGGUCGACUGCAGCUGUACAGUAUGUGACCGCGCCGUGCCAUCGCUGUCUCUCCACGACUCAUGAUGCUUCAGCAUGUCCAUAUCGCACACGAGAAUGUUUCGCUUGUCACCGUGUGGGCCAUUCGCGUGCUGCAUGCCCCCAGCGAGCCCGUCAAGCCGAGCCAAGCCGAGGGAGAGGACAGUCUCGAGCGCCGUCAGCUUCAGCAUCGUCUCCAGCAUCGCGACCUCUCCAGGGAACAGCACAGUCAGGAAACCAGUCCUGCUCUCGCUGUCUCAGCCGCCGUCAUGGUCAGGACGUCUGCCCGUUCCGUGACCAGAUCUGUUACAGAUGCCAGAGGCCGGGUCACACGCGUGUCGCCUGCCAGAACCGCCCAGCUCAGAGCAGCCAGCGCCCGGCUCAGCCUCAGCCCGCCGCCAGCCGACCGUCGCGCCAGCGCCGCGCCCAUUACGUCUCUGGUAGCAGCCCUCCCGCCACAGAGGUGUCUGCUGAUCUUCUGUUCACGGUGAGGUCAUCUGGAUCUGUUCAACCACUGCAUGUUGAAGUGUCCCUGAACGGUAGCCCCGUAACAAUGGAGUUGGACACUGGUGCCAGCUGUUCCAUGAUGAGCCGUGCAGUGUUUGAGAAAGCGUUUCUCCAGUCGGUCCCAGAUCUAGCGCCCUACCGUCGCCGUCUGUACACCUACACAGGUGAAGAGGUCCCUGUAGCUGGUGUAGCUCAAGUUGUUGUCGCCUAUCGUGACCAGUCAGCCCGUCUGCCCCUCAUCAUUGUUGACAAUGACGGUCCUACCUUGAUGGGUCGGGACUGGUUGGCCACGAUCAGGCUGGACUGGCCAGCACUGUUUGGCGGCGCCGCACGUGUUGACUAUGUUGCAGUCCCUGGCCUGGAUCUGGAGAACGAGCUACGGAAGCUCGUGCCGACGUUCCCGGAGCUGUUCAGCCCUGGUCUCGGCAAGUACACGCCCAGACAAGUCUCGCUGCAGGUGGACGACAGCAAGCCGCGCUUCUACAAGCACCGCCCACCACCUUUGGCUCUGAAAGGUCAGAUUGAGGAGGAGUUAGAAAGGCAAGUCAAGUUGGGCAUCCUCGAACCUGUCACCACAUCCCAGUGGGCCGCGCCCAUUGUUCCGGUUAAGAAGAGGGAUGGGUCCAUCAGGCUGUGCGGCAGCUACGACCUGACUGUAAAUGUCGCUUCUGCCCUGGAAACGUAUCCGUUGCCUCGGGUGGAGGAGUUGUUUGCUGUGCUGUCUGGUGGUGCAAAGUUUACCAAAAUUGAUCUCAAGGAGGCAUACUUGCAGCUCGAAUUGGAUGAGCAGAGCCGCAAGUUCACCACGGUCAGUACGCACAAAGGUCUGUUCCAGGCUACGCGGCUGGUCUUCGGAAUCAAGUCCGCGGUAGCCGUGUUCCAGAGGGAGAUGGAGAACCUGCUGGCCGGCAUUCCGCAUACCGCCAUCUACCUGGACGACAUCUGCGUAACCGGACGCACUCCCGCAGAGCAUCUUGCGAACGUCCGUGAGGUUCUGAGACGUCUCGCCGCCGCUGGUCUCAAGAUCAACGCUGAGAAAACGGUCUGGGUAGCAGACGAAGUGCAGUAUCUGGGCCACCGGAUCACAGCCGCCGGCAUCAGACCGUCCGCUGAGAAGGUACGUGCCGUCUCGGAAGCCCGAGAACCAGCGUCCCUGCAGGAGCUGCGCGCAUUCCUGGGUCUGGUGCAGUAUUAUAGCCGCUUCCUUCCCCGCCUGUCUACUGUCGCCGCACCGAUGUACGAGCUAGAGAAGAAAGAUGUGAAAUGGGCUUGGGGAGAAAGGCAAAAGUUUUCGUUUCAGGAGACGAAGGACCUGCUCGCUGUCGCUCCAGUGCUGGUGCACUACCAGCAAGACAAGCCGCUCGUCCUCACGGCAGAUGCCAGCCCGUACGGAGUAGCCGCCGUGCUCAGCCAUCCGGAUCCGCAGACUGGUGCGGACCAGCCCAUCGCCUUCGCGAGCCGCAGUCUGACGCCAGCCGAGCGCAACUACAGCCAGCUCGACCGUGAGGCGCUCGCGAUCAUCUUCGGGUUUGUACCGGGUCGAGAGAUCGCCAACGCGGAUGGGCUCAGUCGCCUGCCGCUUCCAGACACGGAUGGAGAGUUUCCCGUUCCGGCCGACGUCGUGAACCUGAUGGAGGAGAUGUCCCACCUGGUGACUGCUCAGCAGCUCGCCAUCGCCACCCGCCGCGAUCCGGUGCUGUCAGCCGUCUACCGGUACGUUCAGAAUGGCUGGCCAGAGUCACCGCCGGAUGUAGAGCUGUCCCACUACUUCCGCAGAAGAAGUGAGUUAAGUCUAGAGGCGGGGUGCGUGAUGUGGGGUUGCCGUGUGCUCAUCCCACCCUCUCUGAGAGCCAGACUGAUGUUGAUGCUUCAUGACGGUCACCCGGGCACCUCGGCUAUGAAACGUGUGUCGCGAGCCUGUGUGUGGUGGCCUGGGCUAGACAGCGAGAUUGAACAGCUAGUCAAGUCAUGUCAGCAGUGUCAAGCUCACAGGAGCGUCCCAAAUGUGCCCGCCUCACCGUGGUUGUUUCCCAACAGGCCCUGGCAGCGUCUGCAUAUAGACUACGCGGGUCCGAUGGAGGGCGGUCACUGGCUGCUGAUCAUAGUCGACAGCUACUCCAAGUGGGUCGACGUGCACAUCACCACGUCGACGUCGGCGGCAGUGACGAUCGACAGACUCCGCCAGACGUUCGCCUGCCACGGCCUGCCACUGGUGCUCGUGUCGGACAACGCCACUGCCUUCGCGUCGUCAGAGUUUAGUGCCUUCUUGAAAGGUAAUGGCAUUAAGCAUUUGUUCAGCCCUCCCCGGCACCCAUCAUCUAAUGGUCAGGCUGAAGCGAUGGUCAAAGUUGUGAAAAAUGCGCUUCGGAAUAGGACCGGCUCUCUGCAAACACGCCUGCACCGUUUCCUGUUGUCGUACCGUACGUCCCCGCACUCGUCAACGGGUCGGUCACCAGCCGAAUUGUUGUUCGGUCGCCCACUGCGUACCCGCUUAGAUGUCUGCAAGCCGAGCCUGCGUGAAACUGUUGAGCUCAAACAGCAUGCGUGGAAGAACGCGCGUGACUCGCACUGCACAGACCGGCAGUUCAUGGUUGGUGAUCCUGUGUAUGUAUGUUUGAUUCCAGGCCCCGGCGCCCCAUGGGUGCCAGGCGUCGUCACCGCUGCUGGCGGACAGAUCUGCACCGUUCAACUGGCCGAUGGACGGAUCUUCACGCGCCACCGGGACCACGUCCGGCCUCGCGUGUGCGCGCUGCCGUCCCUCGUGCCGGGUCAGGCCGACCCGGCACAGCCUGUUCCGGAGACUACCACGCCGGCUCACUCUGCUCUCGCACCGAGCGCGCUGGAGGCGCUCUGUGCUGGCGCGCCGGCGGCACAGGACGCGUCCUCUCCGGCGACAGCUACAUCGGAGGUGCACCCCGCUCUGCUGCCCGAGUCGGUGGCAGCUGCGCCGGCUCCUCCGGGGGUGCCCUCUGGGUCAGCACCUGUCGUCCCGCCUGGGGGUGCUGUCGGGACCCGUCGUUCCACGCGCGUGCGUCGGGCGCCCUCGCGUUACAGCGCGUCGUGAUUGCUGACUUGUGUUCUAAAGGUGGAGGAUUGUUGUGAUACGGGCCCGUACCCCCCUCCGUUUGUGAUACGGGCCCGUCCACGUGUUCGUCCCGUUUUCGGUCGCGGUCGCCGGUCACUUGUCCGCCGCCCCGGGUCAGGCCGCGGGCGGUCGGCAGCGUGGUUGAUGUCGGGUGUUUUCGUCUGUUCCGCCGGCCAGUCGGUUUUGGGCGGCGGAACUGGGUGUGUCUCUUGAAGUGGUCAAGUCCCGUUACAAUAUAGAGUCAAGCAAGAGAACUG